AGCCACACCUCCCACUUCCCAAUAUCACUGGCAUAUAGUAGGAAUGAUUAGAUCCCCUCGCCACCUAGAUUUAAACAUACAUAGAACAUGAUUCUCAACUUGUCUCCCACUCGCUUCUCCCGCUUAACAUAACAGCGUGUGAUUAAUUGGUGUUGGUGGUUUUUUGCCUCUCCGAUAGAAUCGGGAACCGAGCCUGCGACACCCGAAAGGAAAACACCAAAAUGGAACAAACCAUCCCAGAUGUUGGAAGCUCAGAGCAAGCGUCCAAGAGAGCGGCAGAGGAGAAAGCCAGAGAUGACCUCGAAGUUCUCCAAAAGAUGAUGCACGCGAAAUUUGACGAAUACCAGCUUCAACUAAACGAGAAGUUCCUUAACGCAGAGUCCGUGGCCAAAACUCAGGUGCCCGGCACGCGGGCCCUCAGAUGGCACCGACGUGUUUCCGUUCAAAUAAGUGAUCAGCCUGCGGACGAAGCUGAUGAAAUAAUCGAUUCAUUCCUCCAGAUUGGGGAUGAUGACGAUAAAGGAGCUUCCAGAAAGGGCUUCAAGACAGUCGUCAAAUCUGCUCUGGAUAGGUUCUUGAAGAACACGGCGACAGGGCAGCAGGAGGAAGAGAAAUUCUUUAUCUACGCGGUCCACAACACCAUUGUACGCGUUGACAUCAAGCUCUUUAAGUGGAAUCUAGCCGUCCAGGGUUUCUCUGAUGUAUGGAAGGGUUUGCUGGGAUAUAUAAUAUGCCUUUCUGUUGUCGAUCCAACAAAGCUUGAUACAGAUGAGUUUGUCUAUCUCAUCAGCGAGUAUGCUGGCGAUAACGGGCAAAACGUCAACAACUACGUCGAGUUCAUGCAAAAAAUAUAUAGCACGGCCCGCCAGCUCAAGCUCGACCAAAGCAAGACCAGCCACGCCCCGGAUGACAGAUAAAGCCGUCAGAAGACCAUCAACGCAUAACUUCCUGUCUCGGUCUUCGGUGGAAUGCGCAGGCUCUCCUUUGAAGUCUCUCAGACUGUAUUAGAGCUUAUCGCGAUGAAUGGGCACAACACAUAUAACGUGAUUUUAUCAAUUGACUACGCUGACCUUUCAGUGAGCAAAUA